CACAAUAUUUAUGAGCACACAAAGAACAAAACAUUAACUUAGAAUUAACCAAACAAAAUGAAGAUGACGAUGUACCCAAAAUCUGACUCAGACAUCACAAGCCUCGUCGACCUAUCAUCACCAAAACGUCCUGUUUACUACGUUCAAAGCCCAUCACGUGACUCGGAGAAGUCUUCUUCGGCUGCUCUAACGACUCACCAGACCACUCCCACAGAGUCUCCUUCACACCCGUCUUUUGCUAGCCGUGUAUCCAAUGGCGGUACUGGUGGAGGGUUCCGGUGGAAAGGACGGAGGAAAUAUCACGGUGGAAGAUGGUGGCCGGCUGAUAAAGAGGAAGGUGGUGAUGAUGGACGGUACGAGUACGACGAUCUUUACGAGGACAACAGAGGAGUCUCUGUUGGUACUUGUCGACUUAUUUUGGGAGUUGUCGCGACUUUGAGUAUCUUUUUGCUUCUUUGUUCUGUUCUCUUUGGUGCUUCUCAAUCUUUCCCUCCUAUCGUCUACAUCAAGGGUGUGAAUGUGCAUAGUUUUUACUACGGAGAAGGUUCAGACAGUACAGGAGUUCCGACAAAGAUCAUGAACUUCAACUGUUCAGUGGAGAUCACAACACACAAUCCUUCUACAUUGUUUGGCAUCCACGUCAGCUCCUCUGACAUCAACCUUAUCUACUCUCGUCAGUUCACGCUUGCCAUUGCGCAGCUGAAGAGUUACUACCAACCAAAACAAAGCAACCACACGUCCAGGAUCAACCUCGUUGGCUCCAAGGUUCCACUAUACGGAGCAAGCGCUGAUUUAGUUGCUUCGGACCACAAUGGCGGAGUUCCCGUGAAGUUGGAGUUCGAGAUCCGGUCACGAGCCAAUAUUGUCGGACACUUGGUCAAGUCUAGACAUCAAGAACACCUCUCUUGCUUCUUUUCUAUCUCUUCCAAUAACACAACGUUUGUAAAAUUCACCCACAAAACUUGUAUUUGAUAUAUAUAGAUUUUUCAAAAAAACUUGUAUUUGAUAUAGAUACAUUCUUUAUUUUA